AUUUUGCCGUUUGGUUUGUAUGGUCGUCUCAACUUUGAUCUACGACUCUAUUCUAGUCACAGUACCAGUCACACUGGAUUCAUUUCAAAUUCGACACCAAAAUUGUUAAGUCGAACUAACAGUUAUAAAUUCUUUUGUGGAUUUGACCAAAUUGCUGCAAAACCAGCCAUGGAGUUGUAUGAAGAUGACAAUGUGCCCUGCUGCAGUCGCGCCAGGAGUUUGGCCAGCACCGAAUACCUGAAAACAUCCAAAGAAGAGCUAAAUGUGGCCCUGGGCUAUGGGAGUGGAUUACCAAAGCCUGAGGCCGCACGGCCCAAGAACAUGAACGAGCUGCGGAUGCUGGUCAACGACAUACGCUUCAUGUUGCGCAGCCAAAUGUUGGCCUACGACGCCAAGCUGCUGAUCUUUGCUGCGGCCGCCAGUAGCGGUUGCCCCGAGGAGACACUGGUGCCCGCUCCGCCAGCGUUCAAGAACACUAGCACUGACGACGAGCUGUUCGACGGCCCCGACGAUGGCUGUGACGUGGAACGGCUGCGGAAAGCCGUUCACGAGAACUGGCCCAGCUGCAGCGUUAUGAUGGAUAGCCUGUGCUCAGUGGAGACGCUGGACGACAUGUCUGACGAUGAUAUGGAGGCCGUUCAUCUGCUCCACUGGGUACUGGCGGACCCGUCCAGUCCCAUGCUGCGUCGCACAUCAAGCGUCCAUUUGCGCAGCCUCUGCAAGCAUCUCGGUGUGGCCCGUCCGUCACAGAUGCCCGGCCAGCUGAUGAGCAUCUGCUAUGAGGAUGAGCUGGUCACCUUCCGGGUCCCCAAGGUCAGAAGGAGCUACGCCUACUUGGGUUUGAACUUCGCCAAGCUGUAUCGUUUCCUGGCUACGGGUCACCUGGAUCUUGCCGGACCGGACACCACCACUCGCCUGUACGCACAGCCAGAGUCUGCCCUGCUUCAGUGUCUCGACCCCCAGCCGGAGUCAUUGACCACCUGCUGGCUGCAGUCGCGCUUCGGUGCCACACAGCGGGCGCUCGUCAUUUGCGCCCUACCGCCCGAACUGGAAAGACCGAAAAAGAUGUCGGCCACAAACCAAUUUCUUGAGUACAUAGUCCACGAUCCCAGCCGCCUUCGGCCCUGUCAUCUGCUCUUCUACGAUGAGGCUGCCGCCAACAAAAUGAUGAUGCACUGGCCGGGUCACAUCAUUGAGAUGACUCCCCAACAGCGCCGCAGGAAUGCCGCACGCAGGCCCAUUCGCAAGGCCACUGCAGAGACAGGGCGCAAGCUCAGGGCCUGGGCUCUGUCAUUCUGGACGGGCGUCGUGGCUUUCAAGCGGUAUGUGUGGGCCUCCUGCUAGCUCCACUCCUGGCUGCGACGACCAAUCCCGCAGCACAACUACGGCCAACUGAUUAUAGCUCCUAAUACAUAGUUCCUAUUAAUUGUUCAAAUCGGAUAAAUCAAAAUUGUUCAGAUCUGAGUCUAAAUUGUAACUGUUCCCCAUCGCUGAGUCAGCAAUUCUCGCUGUGUAUCGCGCGUAUCAUAAUAAAUAUAUAAUAUAAUGCCAUCAACUGCAA